AACUAGAGUCGCCCCAGUGUGUGUCCCAGCACCACAGACUGUGCAGUAAAGCUGGCAGGCCCGGCUAUUUCGGAGGGGAAACACACUUCCCUGCUUCCAAGGAGAAGGUCCGCACGCUAUGUAGCAUCUGAGGACGUUGCGUAGAGCGCUUUUCAGCCCAGCAGCAUCUCCCUGGGAGCAAGGACUAAAGGCUGAGGCCGAAGCACAGGGGCGCUAGGGCCUGUCCGUGGCGCAGCGUCUCCCUCCUACCCCAGCAGACUGGCCGAAGCAGCGGGGCCGCCCCCACGCGCCAGCAGGCCUAUGCUCCAGUUUGCCUUAAAUAACCUUGAGGUGCUCCUGGGACAGUUUCUCUUGCUGACAGCCUGACUUUCUCAUCUUUUGCAGCCUGUGAUCCACGGAUAUUAUUAAGUGAAACAAGAAACAUUGAAAAUGUCUCAGGAUCCUACUAUUCCACAUACAAGUGAGGAAAAAUCAAGUAAUUCAGAAGAUAUCCAAGAGGACAGCUUGAACAACCCAGAUCAAUCUGUGAGAGAGAGGAUACGACCAGGUACCUCAAGUCCAUACAGAUGCAACAGAGCUCAAUCAAGUCCCCCUCAGGUUGUAUCGAUGGAAGAGCUGAUGGAAACAGCAAAAGGAGUUUCCAAUAUGGCGUUAGCACAUGAAAUUGUAGUCAAUGGAGGCUUCCAGAUUAAACCAGCUGAAUUACCAGAAGGCAGCCUGGAGAAAACUGUAAAAGAGAUUGUACAUAAAGCUUUUUGGGACUGUCUGGAAGCCCAGUUAAGUGAAGAUCCACCAACAUAUGAUCAUUCAAUUAAACUUGUUGGGGAGAUUAAAGAGACUCUUCUAUCUUUCUUAUUGCCUGGUCAUACUAGAUUAAGAAAUCAGAUUACUGAAGUUCUGGAUCUGGAUUUGAUAAAGCAGGAGGCAGUGAAUGGGGCCCUGGAUAUUUCUAGGCUGGCAGAAUUCAUCAUUGGAAUGAUGGGGACCCUUUGUGCUCCAGUUAGAGAUGAGGAAAUUAAGAAACUGAAAGACAUUCAUGAAAUAGUCCCACUAUUCAGAGCAAUUUUCUCUGUAUUAGACUUAAUGAAAAUGGACAUGGCUAACUUUGCUAUCAGUAGCAUUAGGCCGCAUUUAAUGCAACAAUCUGUUGAAUAUGAAAGAGAGAAGUUUCAGAAGAUUUUUGAGAAACAGCCAAAUUCUCUAGACUUUGUCACCGACUGGCUGCAAGAAGCAUCAGAUGAUCUUGCCAAUUUGAGGUGUAAAAAUUCACCUUCCCCUGGUGUUGGUGCUGCUGCUAGUGGAGUUCCUGUUUUGUGUCCUGCUGCUGUACAGAAUUGGGCAUAUCUAAAGCUGCUUAAGUGGGAUCAUGUGCACAGGCCUUUCCCAGAAACACUGUUAAUGGACCACACCCGCUUUCAGGAAAUGCAGCUGGAGCUGGAACAGCUCACCUUGACUGGUGCUAUCCUCCUGGUCAUGUUCAACGUAGCGGGUGCAGUACUUUCCAAUCUGCCAGGGUUUGCUGACAAAAUCAAAACCAUUAUAAAGGUGUUGUUGACGGGAAUGCAUCUUCCCUCCUUUAACCUGAGUGAAUCUUUGGCUACUGUUGGUGAGAAGGUCUGUGCAGAAGUUAAUAGCUGUCUUUCCCAACAUGGAUUCACGCCAUUCACAGCUGAGAAAGAGAUUGCACUUAAAGGACAGAUCCAGACAUUGGGAAACUCUGACAACACCAUAUGCAAAUUGAUAGAUUCUCGAAUCCAGGCAUUUUUGGAGAGCUAUCUGACUUCUGGUCAUCAGAAAUCAUUUCCUGCUAUUCCUGGGGGAUUAGGCCCUAUUCAAAGAGAGAUGGAAGAAAUUGCUGUCAAGUAUGUUCGCCUUGUCAACUAUAACAAGAUGGUGUUCAGCCCGUACUAUGAUGUGAUCCUCAGCAAACUACUGAAUAAGGCAGAAUCCCAGUUGUUAGAGUAAUCAGAAGAAUUGUCAUACCAGUUUGCUAUCUAGAUAGUGUUAAUUUUGUCUGCUAAAAAAAAUUGCAACUAACUUGGCUUUGGAAAGUGGCAUUCCAUUAAAACGUAGUUUUAUUACUGUAACUCAAUAGCACUGAUUCUGAAGGGGAAAAUUAUGUAUGAGUUGGGAUAGGUGCUUUGAAUUAAAUGGUAAAUUGAUGCAUUUUUAGCAUAAGUAUUCAUGCUGAAGGUAUGUUCCUUAAUUUUAUGGCUGUAGUUUUUGCUACUGAGCAGAUGUUAGAUAAGAUUAAGCAAUUGUACAACCAGACUGCAUUUUUAAAUUGCUGAUUUUGUGGCGGGGGGCUUUUUGUAGCAUUCUAACUCUCCAAUUUACCAUGAAGUUAAUGUAUGCGUUCAUCUAGAGAAGAUUAGCAAAGGUCUCUUCCAUACUGAGUGAUUUGGCCUUCCGAAAUCCUGUUUUAACAACUGAAGAAAUAAUUUAAAAUGUGAGAUGUAAGAAACUUGAAUCAUGGUGGUUAAGAGCAGGCCCAAACAUAGCACUUUAUUGUAAUAGUAUAAGGCUACUAGUCUUUCUGCUAAUCACAUUUUUUCUAUAGCAAAUUUUGCUCUCUAUCUGCAAAUAAGUUACCAAAAACAUGAUAUGAUUAUAUUUUGUAGUGAAUUUUCUGGUUAUCAAAUAACUGUCGUCUUUUAUGUAUAGUGUUACAAGGGUGACCAGUCUAUAAGAUUGCAGCUGUAUUUCUCUCUUUGUAAAACUUUCAGGUGGCCAAGAGAGAAAUGUUUUGAUAAGAAUGGCAUUUCUUGCCUUUCUUUUGCUGGUAGUUAACUUUUUUAAAUUAGUAUUUCAUAUAAAAAGGAGUCAACAUUUUCAGAAGAUGGAUAAAGACUUAUGCAUUGAAUUUCAGGCAUGAGGAAACUUCCUCUUUUUUUCUAAAACUGUGUGACUUAUGAGACAAUUAUAUAUGCUCAUAGUUUCAGAAAUAUCACUGAAAUUGAAACAUACCAAGACUUUAAACAGUAACUUUAAAAGGUAUAUUAGGAAAUGAACUAUUUAAAGUUCACUUGAAGUCAUGGGAGAUUAUUAUUUAGUGUUAGAUGCUUUUUCAUGUUUUACAGAUGUUCUUGAACUCAAAGUAUUUUAGAUUCUUGAGAAGAUAACUAGCAAGAUUUUCUCUAAAUGCACUCUGAAGGACUUCUGAUCUUAGUAAUUCAUAAAAUAUGGAAAUUUAAACUUUUCUUGGAAGUAAAUUUAAGGUUUAGGACAGUGAAAAGCAAAACUGAAACUUUUUUCAGCUGCUAGAACCCAUCAGGCUGAGUAAGAAAUAGUUGCCAAAGUUCUUAGCAUCUCAGAUAAUAUAAGGUGAAGUGAGCUCUUGUUAAUAAAUGAUAGGCUGGUACCUUGUCCUAAGAGUUCUGGGGGGGGGGGGGCACGCUAUGACAAAAAUAGAAUAUUUACUGUAUUCUAAAAUGAAGAAUUUACAAGAAGGCCAUUUUUUGACACUAUUGAUUAAUAAAAUAAUAAACUGGUUGACUAGUCAGUCACAUUCAACAGAACAGUGGUAAGAAAGGAGGUACCCAUUCUAAUACUUACACUUCCCUUCACAUUUUGAAAUUUCAUUAGUUCCUAGGGCUUGAACUGAGAGCGGAUGUACGGCUCUAACAGUUUUCUGCUCUUUGGGGAAGAUGGAAUAAAAUAACAAUAGCUUUACUUGCUUGAUGUAUCACCACAUUAGUGUAUUAAAUCAAACUUUGGUUGCACAAUGCAAAACAAAGCUUACCUCAUUUUUACAAUUACGAAACUGCCAACAAUAUUAGGAAACCAUUUUCUUUGUUGGAUGGUUCUUUUGGCUGAAUGCCUGAAAAUAUAUAUAUGAACAUUCUUUAGUAAAUUGAAAAUAAGUAGCUUAA